AUGACCUCCCGCCCGACGCCUCCAGAGUCACCUCAGGAUACGCGCGCCUUCGCAGAUGCCAUUACGAACCUCACCGAUCACAUAGCUGCACUAGACGAGAAAACAGCCACCCUCGAAACCAAGAUCAUCGAGGAGAGCGCGGCUAACCGGAACCUUCUUGCUCAGAUGAAGGAUAAGGAUAUGCAGAUUAUCGAGGCAACCGUGACCGCCCGACUCGCCCAGCAAGCCAGCUUACCGACCCUCCUCACUUGGGAACGACUCCGCCGCCUGCUGCCGGAUCUACCACCUCCUCCCGACUGUCUGAGAAGCUUCCCGACCCUGACAACUAACGCCGACCGAUUCCCUACCGCUACGAGCCGGUUGACGUACGUAGCCGGUAGGCUUACCGGGAAGGCAUACGCCUUGAUACUCCCCCGCACCGUCUUUGGAAUCCCACAGUUUAGCGACUACCCCGAACUCCUGACUUAUCUCGAAAACGCGUUCGGCGACCCUGACCGCGUCCAGAACGCCCAGAACCGCCUACACCAGCUCCGCCAGAGGCACCAAGACUUUAGCACGUAUUUCUCGGAGUUCCAACGCCUCGCCUUAGAGGGAGAAAUGGCUGAUAGCAACCUAACGCCACUACUAUUCCAAGGAAUAUCCCGUGAACUGCAGGAUAUGCUGCUUCACAACCCGCCCCCUAGCCGGGAGUUCCACCAAUACGCCAACCACCUACAGACUCUAGACAACCGAUACCGCCAACACCAGCAACAAAUCCAGCGUAGCCAACCCCCGAGACCGGCUCUACACCAAAACCAGAGACAAACCUCCCCGCGCAGGGGACGCAGCCCUCCGAACCGCAGCCCUUCACGCCGCACGGUACCCGCCGCUAUGACCGCCAACGACCCUAUGGACCUGAGCAACCAACGCCGACCAUGGGGCCCGAACCGGAGGGAAAACAACCUCUGCUUCCGCUGUGGCUCCGAUAGUCACCAUAUUCGAGAUUGCCGGAAGCCAGACACCAGACGCACUCAAGCCCGAUUUGCCGCUUUAAAUAGCGAAGACCUGUCCCCUGCUAGAUCCCCUGACUCUCCCGCGCCGGAUAGUCGGAGGUCAACACCCUCCCUAGACCGCACGGAAAACGGAGUGAGCCUGCCCUAA